AUGUCCGACCAUGCUCGCAGAACAACCGUGGCCAAACCCCAGCGUACCAGUACCCCGUGUAGGACAUGCAACAAUCUCGACCCUCGAGGACACUCUUCUACUUUUUACGAUACCGAGAGUACAUCGCGUUCCAUAGCCAGCUUGACCUUGAUUGUCGAUGCCUUGUCCCUUAAAAGGUCACGCGAAAAUUGCCCACGAUGCCAUCUCGUGGCCGAGGCCCUUGAUGCCCAUUCUAAGGACUGGAAAACUAGCCGUCCUCCCGUGCUGCUUGAGUUGACCGAGCACGCUCCGAUUCGAAUCACCCUCCAACUUUCUCGAUCGAGCAGUGAAAAGGUAGAGAUAUACGCAUCUUCAAAUACUCCUAGACCAUGGUCUACACUGGGGUGUGGUCACAGCAUUCCAAAACAUGCCGACUCCGAUGGCAGCCUUCGGUUCGCCAAGAAGGCAAUCGAAGAUUGCGUCAAGAACCAUAAGUCAUUACUAUGCGGUCAAAGCCGACGGGAUAAAUUCGUCCCAUCGAGGCUCAUACAUAUUGAUGAAAACAACACUGAUACAAAGCUUUGCGAGUCUCCACCGCAAAAUGCGAAAUACGUCGCCCUCAGCCAUUGCUGGGGAUAUGGACCACCUUUUACCACCACGAUUGCAACGUUAGAGGAAAGAAAAAGUGGCAUAGACUAUGAUUGUCUACCUCCACUGUUCCAAGAUGCUAUAUUCCUCACGGAAGAGCUAGGGAUUAAAUAUCUAUGGAUAGAUGCCCUUUGUAUCAUUCAAGACUCAAGAGAAGACUGGGAGACAGAAUCAGUCAACAUGAGCAACAUCUAUGAGAAUGCUUAUGUGACGAUUGCAGCAACAUCUUCCAACAGCAAUGACCGCGAGAUAUUUUCAGCGCGACCACGAGCCACUAAACUGCACUACCAAGCCAAUCCGCGCACCAAGGUCUACACAGUUCGCGCACGAAAAAUGCCGAAUCACCACCCAACGAUUGGAGAAGAUCAGAGUCCGGCUCGACCAAUGGGACCGCUGAUGUCUCGAGCUUGGGCACUGCAAGAACAUGUCCUAUGCUCACGGAUUCUACACUUCACCAGUACCGAGAUUCUCUUCGAAUGUGGACUCGCUUACUGCUGCGAGUGUAUGCCGUCUCCCAAACGAUUCAUGACAACACCUGGCCUACUGCCUAGGCUGCUCACAACUGGCAAAAAGCGUUCGUACUGGAAGACAUGGCACCAAAUCGUGACGCAGUUUAGCACGCGAGAUUUGACCAUUCCAUCCGACAAACUGCCGGCUAUAUCUGGUAUCGCGAAGAAGUUCCGCGAGCCUACAAGAUCGGCCUACAUUGCGGGCCUGUGGAGAGACAACCUUGUUGAAGACCUGCUCUGGUCAUCAGAUCGUUCUCUGCAACCACCGCAUGCUGCGCGCAGACUGAGUGUUUACAGAGCUCCCAGCUUCUCCUGGGCAUCGGUAGAUACGCAGAUUCAGUACUACGAGCCGGACAGAGCCAGUGAAAAAGAUGUCGAUUCGCUGGUCACCAUCUACGAAGCUUGCACCAGUCUCACCGGCAGAAACACCUUAGGUGCUGUGAAGGACGGCUGGAUCCGCCUCAAAGGCCCGGUAGUUGAAGCCACGCUCAUCGCGCCAGAAGAGUAUUCGUUUUCAUACCAACUGUUCCGCACCGGGAACCCCUCCAUCGACGUAGCGCCGGACAGCUUGCUUGUCACAGAGGAUGUCGACCACGCAACAACAAGUCCGUUGCCACAACAAGAAUCACCCACAAAAACCAGCAACUACGCGGAUGCUACAAGCGCGGCCUCCAAUGACUCGCCCACUACCAAUCCUGCCAAAACAGUCCGCAGAGCACGUCCAGCGGAGAUAUACACUUCCUUCAAAGCGCCAGUGCUCUGUCUGGGCAUCGCGCGCUAUGAGGGCUCCUGGAUUUCAGGCAUCGUUUUAGGCUUGUCUGGCCGCACUAUGGGAGAAGCGGAUGCUGCAGCAUCGACGCAAGAGAUGCGCUGCUACGAACGGCUGGGCACGUUUUCUGCGGGCGAGGAGUGGUUCCAGGGCGCGGAGAAGAGGGAGAUGUUUCUUGUUUGAAGUGUGACCUGGGCUUGGAUGAGCGAGUUGUGGGAGCAGCCACGGCUUUGUGGUUGUCGCAGAAAAUCGAUACACUUCCGCUCGGUCGGGGAUCAUGUGGCAGUUCAUGGCCAAAAUACUGCUAGGAGUUCCCUAAUAUGUCCGCUACGAUGAAUCAAUCGAACCUUGGGAGAUCAUGGACCAUUCGAUAGAUACCAACAACUGCAGUGAAAUUCUUCUGUACAUCUCGAAGGAUAUUCUGCUGGAAACGAAUAUUAUAAGCCGCACGUCUCUAGUA